CAUAGCUAUGCCAGGGAUGUUUUGAAGGGAACUAUUGAUGGCAAUAUGACCAACUGUUUACAUAGUUUGUGCUAUGCAAACAUGAAUAUUGAUCGCUGAACAUUUUGCAUAUAAACCCAAUCAAAUUUCCGUUAUAUUCCGUUUUCUCAAUAUAUGUUUUAAAAUAUUCCAUAUAGGAAGUGUCGUGCGUGGGUUAUUGCAUCAAUACAUGUGUUCGUAACAUAUUUUGCAUCGUGUGUGUAUUGCACGGAGGAGACGGGACUCCAUUAUGUGCUGUGUCGCUGUGCUGUUUGGGUACCAUUCUGUGAUGUGACGAUAUAUAGCACAAGACAUGAGUGAUGACAACCCCUCACAUCCCCUGGUCACAGACAAGUUAAGCACCAGUAGAUACAUGGAGGAAAACUCGGGAAACAGCAGGCGUGAGACCGCGAGACCGGAAGCAGAGAAACGAGAGAAGACUCUGGGUUCUAAGCUUGAGUUGAGGAAGAAACUCAUCCAGAGGCGAAGAUGGCUCGUGGAUCUCAAGUUUGCGACGGCGAUAUCUGGAAUUAUAUUCAUGGUGGUAGAAAAUGAACUCUACUUCUCCAACAUGUACGAGAAAGGUCAUAUAGUGUCCCUUUGCCUUAAGUCUCUGACGUCGAUCUCUACCUUGCUGCUGUUGGUGGCCAUAUGCAUGUAUUACCAUACGGGGAUGGAGAUCCGGAUGGUGGAAUGUGGCGUGGAUGACCCGCUCGUAGUUACCCCCUUAUCCACGUGGUUCAUGCUGGUAGCUGAGCUGGUCGUCUGUGCGAUUCACCCAUUCCCUGGAGAUAUUAAUAUUGCCAUGGAGACAGUAAAGGAAAUUAAAGUUGCCUCCAGUAUUGAUAGAAUCCUAUCCGUGUUAAUGAUGUUCCGGCUUUAUAUUGUCGGUAGUUUCAUGGUGGUGCAUAGUCGGCUUCUAACAGAUCCUUCUACUCAGAGUAUUGGAGCCUUGAGUACAGUUAGAAUAAACCCAUUCUUUGUGUUGAAGUCCGCCAUGAACAAGCAUCCCGUGUUUGUGAUUGCCUUCAUAAUGCUAUCCAUGUAUACAGUAAGUGUGUGGGCUAUGAGAACCUGCGAACUGUACUACACCACGACAACUGAUCUCACAAGUUUUAUGUGGUUGUCCGCCAUGACCUUCCUGACAAUUGGAUACGGGGAUUUGACGCCACAUACCCAAUGCGGACAUUUUGUCGCCAUUGUGACCGGUCUCAUGGGACUAGGUUCGUGUGCUCUGUUGGUUGCUGUUCUAGCCCGCCGCUUGGAGCAGAGCAGAUCAGAACGCUAUGUUUAUAACUUCUUAACAAGAAUACACCUGCAGAAUAAACGAAAAACCGCCGCAGCAAACGUCGUGAAGCUAGUUGUCCGGAUCUGGAUUAACAAAUGCAGGUAUGGUUCUGGAAGGUCGCUUACUAUCCUGAACUGGAAGUUACGGAACGCUGUGAGGACUAUGAGACUUGCGCGUGCAUCUUUGGCAGAAAUUGACGGUACGUCGAUUGGUUUGAUUGAGCUCAGUCAAAUGAUGACGCGGGUUAACAGAAUGAUUGACGUCAUGUUGUCGUCACAGAACAAGGUGAGUCAACAACUACGGCUGAUUGAGAAACAAAUGGCCAAACUGAAGGUCAAGGCAAAAGUACCAAAGAGCUGACGAUUAGUCAACGAUUCUUGACUGAACUUUAUAACGCUGUCACCAUAAGCAGCCGCGGUAAAGAGAUAUGAAUAUAAAUUAUGCAUAUUUCAAUAUAGAUGUUCUUAUUUUUUGCAUAAAGCAUUACCCAGCCAUAAUAUACGAGUGUAUAUUGACGAGUUCUACAGCCACUCCAGUAUGUAGGCAGUAGCUUGUGUCUUGUGAAGGG